AUGACACGUUUAGCGCUCGUUCUCGGUGGGCCCGACUCCAAGAACCCCUCUCUCCCAAAAGCGGCUUUUGAGAUCUUCUCAAGCCUUAUUGCCAAGUGCGCCUAUCAGACGUGGCAAUCGUCAUACGCAAACAAGCGAAAGAAGAUACCUGCCUUGAUUGAAGCGAACAAGAACGCGUUGCAAGACGCGAUCGCGUCCGCUGGUAGCCUCACAACAGCUCAAGCUGUCCGGCUUCUGAACUCCUUGACCGACGUCCAGGCCAUGAUGGAGGUCUUCCAGGGUGACAAGUCACGGAAAACCCUGGAGGAGGGUGCGAUCGACGAAGACUUCGAGAUACCAGAGGGCUGCAAUCGAAAAAAACUAGUUCCUGCUCUCCGGAAGGCCGUCAGCACGCUCGCUCGCGAGAGCGACACUGCCCGGAUCACAUUGUUGACGCAUGAGGCGAUCCUUCGAGCUGGCGGCAACAAUGACGACGACUACGCAGAGAUCCUGCGAUUAUCCGACCUCUCGCCCAACGACAUCUCUGACUGGCAAUCCGGCUCCGAGGCCUACGCCAACCUCAAUACAGAAGAGGUCAAAGUGCGUCUCAGAAUCGACAAGAAAUCCCUAAUCGGUCACGACGGCGUGCUCCCAUUCAUGAAUUCCCGCUACGACAACAGCGAAGCUCGGCGCAAUCCGGCCGAUCACGUGGAGUGGUUCAAAGACGAAAAGAAUGGCGUCGUGCUCACGCCGCGGUGGCACCAACUGGUUGCAAUGCUGGCCAUGAUCGAGAUGGCGUUCGACGGCAAACCGGUCGCUGUCUUGGAUGAGGUCGGGAUUGGCAAGACAAUUCAAACCAUCGGCGUCAUCAUGCUCUUGACGUGGUAUCGGGAGUUUUACACGAAGAAGGGCCACUUUCCGGGUGCUUUUAGUAAGUGA